UAAUACUUUUUUUUUGUUUGUUUUGUUUUUAGGGAAACAUGUCUGUUUACACCUGUAUCUAAAAAUAUAGAUUGCAUAUAUAAAUACAUAUAUCAUUCAUCUGUUUUGGAGUUUGGCUUCUGUUGAUUUCUGACUGUUUAACAAGGUUUUAGGCCACUUUUUAUCCUUACUCCGAUGAGGAGUGGAAUUACUUUCAUGGAAAUUGGAACAACAAUCCCACUCUGCUAGAAGGUCUGAUCGUUUGUCACAUACUGUCCCGUACAAAGAGAGGAGCUGCUGGAACGCUCCUGUUUGUCAACAGACGAGGCUCUGACAGUAGGGAGCUUAUUCAGGGAUUAUUUGGGCCGAGGCAGAGUCAGUGUGUGGGGGGCGCCAUACAGACCGGAGCGCCGGUGCGAUCAAUCAGCGGAGUUUAAAACCAAACAUGGAAGAGUCGGGAAGAUGCUGGAUGUGAGAGGAAGCAGGUUGCGGUUGGCACCGGAGGUCAUAAGUAGAGGCUCUGACUGCGUCAGGAAUACGGAGCAGACCUCAGCUGUUGCACGGGAGCAGUCAGAUCCCAUUUGUCACGCCUCGCCAUCGACUUCGGCUCAGCCCCUCGCCCUCCUGGUUGCCUCUGCCUGCUCUUUCCCGUUCCUCUCCGGAGCUAUGCACCCCCAGCGACCUCUUCCUCAGGCCAUGCCCUCCUCCUCUCUGGGGCAGCAUCUGCGGGACAUGGCUAUGGGUGUGGGGCGAGGCAAGAACUUCUUGGGUGGAAACUUUGCCUACGGUUUCAUCCAGUCAGUGAAGGAGUGCCUCUAUUUCCUCCUGUGCUGCUGGUGCAUCAAAGAGAUCCUGGACUGAGAGAAACUAAGUGGUGGAGUAUUGAGUUUUCCUGUUUCCCUGUUGGCUCCUACAGUUUGAUUUCAAGUAGCCUCCGCAUCAUUGGAAAUGGAGUGUGUAGUCAGUGUUGCUGACAGGGAAUUGGCAGGUAAGAGUCUUGUUUUAGUAGAUUUCUUUAACAGGAGUACGCAGUAAAACACAGGCGUAAAGCAUCGCAGACUGAGGGCCAGAGCUGGCCUGCCAAAAGACCCAUGCCUGUCUGCAAGAGGACCUUGCAAAAACUCAAAUUAGUUUCUCGGUUGUAAUUUGUCUCAUUGGUGAUUGCUCUGUCUUUGUAGCAUUGC